AAUACCCAGGUGCCUACGCUGGGGAAGGCAGGAAAGAAGGAAGGAGUGCAUCCAUCUAUUUUCCCUGAAGCUACCAUCACCACCCUGAAAACGGUCCCACAGAAAUAAGUGGCAUUAGGGACAACACGUAAUGAGAGCCAGAGAGAAGAAUCUUGGAGCAAGAAGCAGGGAGGUGAGCAACAGAGCUGCUGCUGUGUCUCAAGCUUCCAACGCCCGUUCAGUUCACACACUGUGGGGCGUCUCUCUCUCUCCAGAUUUAGAGAAAGCAACUAGAAGACACCCACAGGCCGACAUCUUUGAGGCCCCAAGGAAAAAGUCCAAGUGGGCCUUAUUCUAGCCUGACAUGGAUGCAGAAGCCCCAGCUGAGCCCAGAGAACGAAAGGUCACAAACCAGAGCACAGGAUGGAGAAUGAUCUUGGUCCUCAUGCUGUGCCUGCUACAAAGCUCAUCCUCAGCGCCUUCACAUAAAGAUCUCCAUCUCAGAUGGUGGCGGGCUGGCUCUCUCCCCUCCAAGACUCACCUCUGUGCUGUGGACACAUUUCCAUCCUCAUCACCCUUCUGGCAAGACAAGCAUCCCUUUGCAGCUGCAGAUGUGUUGAAGGGCCCAAGGCUGGUGUCUGGAGAAGCCGGGGGAGCUGUCAUCAUCCAAUGCCAUUACACCCCCUUACCCGUCAACAGGCACCAAAGGAAGUACUGGUGCCGUCUGGGGCCUCCAAUGUGGAUCUGCCACACCAUCCUGUCCACCAACUACUACACUCACCACAAGUACCUUGGCCGUGUGGCUCUAGCAGACUUCCCACGCAGUAGCUUCUUCGAGGUGCGGCUCUCCCGGCUGUCCCUGGAUGAUGCGGGGCACUAUCGCUGUGGUAUUGGAAAUAGAAACAACUUGCUCUUCCUCAACAUGAAUCUGAUCAUCUCUGCAGGUCCUUCCAACACGGCCCCCACCACCCCUCCAGCUCCCAGUAAACUCAUCACAGCAUCCUUUGGGACAGCAGCUCCAGGAACCCCAGGACCUCCUCAGACUCAAGAAGAAGAAGAGGGAUCAGAAUGUGAUAGAAUUGUUCCAAGUGCUGAAACCAGCAAAACCCAGAGAAGACAAAGCCCAGGGACAGACAGGGAAGUAGCUCCAGAAAUGCACAGCCAGACAGAAGGCUCCAUCAAGACAACAGUCUCCACUGUGGAGAGUCCAGCUUUAAAUCACAGAGGCUUGUCCCGUACACCAGAGGAUGCAUGGACACAGAGCACCGGGAGAUCAGUAACAAAUGAAAUUAGGAUCACACAGAGUGAGCUCCAGAUGACAACUACACAGGCCAACUGGCCAGGGGAGGGAACAGAGAGAGUCAGGAUGGCUCUGGGGACAGCCAGGAAGACCACAGAGACCACAAGGCCCUCAGCCUUGAUGUCAGCACAAGCUCCCUGGGAUAUCCUUAGAGAAACACUAGUGGUUUCUCAGCAACAAGCCCUGGGCUCUAUGGAGGGAUCAACUCUGGCUCCAGGUACAUGGACCUUGGAGACCCCCCACUUAGAUGCAGCAUCUGUGAAAGGAAGCACUGACCAGAACCUAGACAGCACUACUGUGGGAUAUGGUGGUCUCCAAGGAGAUAGUAGCUCCCAAGCAACACUGAGCCAGGCCCUAGCAACAGAUCGCCUGAGGCCCACUGGCAAGGGGGCUUCCAUGAAGAGUGCUUUUCCAGAUGGGGAAAGCAGCUCUUGGAUCCUGACUCCUGGUUCAACGAUGCUGGCUCUGUUUCUGCUCGUGGCUCUUGUCCUGAUACAAAGGAAGAUCUGGAGAAAGAGGACCUCUCAGGAAGCAGAAAGGGCACCAAGAGUCACUCUGAUUCAGAUGACACAUCUCCUGGAAGUAAACCCCCAACCAAAGCAACUCUUCCAUGUGCAAGGAAAAGCACUGCAUGACUUUCCUCCUAUACAAGCCAGCCUGACCAUCCAGGAAAAGGACCCAGGACCCUGAGAAAUGGAAACAGCUGUUACGAUAGAGCAAGGAUUAGGACCAAACAACUUCAUGAUCCUAGCCCUUUUCAUUUUCCUUCUUCCACCUGCAUGAAGACAAGUGAACAGAGCUUAAAGCCCACAAAGGGAAUAGGAGGUUGACCAUCUUGGACCCUGGAAGUUCAAGUAUUCUCCACAUGUCUCCAUCGGUGACAAUAUGACUCAAAGAAGCUUUCAAGAAAAGACCUAGGAAACACUAGAAGAAGCCACCUGGGAUACGUGUGAAAUUUCCAUUUCGGGAAGCUUCCAACAGUGUGGAAAACAACUUUUUUUGGCCAUCACUGUUAACCCUACUUUUCUGAUGUUUAUUCAGCCUUAAUCUGCUACUCACAUUUACUAAUGAUUGUCUCUAUCAGUUAGGCUUGCUCAAGUAGAGACUCAGCUACUUAGAGCAGUAAUUAUGAGAAGUGGAGCUGUGGCUCAUGUGGUAGAGCACAAGCCUUGAGCAAAAAAGCUAAGGAACAGUGCCUAAGCGCUGAACUCAAGCCUCAGCAGCAGCAUACCCUCACAGAAAGAACAAUAAUUGUACUUUAUUCACCUCAAGUCUCCAGAGAACUUACAGCUCAGUAGGACCCUAGUAUCUCUCUGUGGCUGAUUUGCUGUCUGGGAAGGAAUGGGCUCAGUGGCUUCUGGGGACUCACCCAGACAAGAGCUCUGAAUUUCCCUGGGCCUCUGCCCUGUCAUCUGGGAGGCCCCGGAUGGGUCUCUAGUAACAGGUGGUUUCUUUGUUGAGACCAAAGGAAAGAAUGCUUAGCCCGCAUUUAACCCCAUCUACAUUGUGUUACAAACUUUGUGACCCAAUCAAGAUUUUCUGGGAUUUUCCUAAAUUCAUAGAAGAAAGUGCUUUUUGGUAGAUUUUUACUUUCUUUAUAAAGUCCUUCUUGUUCACUUAUGAGUCUUUAAGCUCAAAGACUGUUAACAAAACUGGAAAUUAAUGUUGAAGGGUUGAGGUUGGGAAAAAAAAAUAGAGGAAUGUUAUGUGGAUUCUGUCUUAUAACCAUUAUUAUCUCAUGAACAUUGGGGAACUUUUUCUCCCUCCCAUAACCCCACUGACUUUUCAGAAAUCACAUCUGGUUUCUUUUUUGUUCUCUUGACAGAUGUGUUAGCAAGCUGUCUGGACUCUGUGUUUAGACAGAGCAGCCCUUUGAGCAACAGGAGCAGAAGGGAAAGGCUCCAGUAUGGAAUCGGAAUUGUGAUAUAGACAUCUCCAGAAAACCCUCAGCCCCUCCUUCUAGGCUGUCAGCAGCAUCCAAACCCUUCAGUAACAACCCUUCCUCCUAUCUAUCUGGUUGUGACCCUGGAUGCUGAACCCAGAAAGCUAAGGGAGGCUGUGAAGGGCUUCUAGGGCAGACUUCUUGUUUUGAAUAAAAGUAGGUUGCACGCAUCUGACCAAGCAGAACCACAGAACUGAUAACUGCUUAAGAGAUUAACUCCUAAAUCCUUCCGUCUAGCAGUGAGGACACAGAGGCCUUGUUGAAGUCAGUUGUUUGAAACCACUCAGGGAAGCCAGCUAGUGAGAGCAGAGUUACUACUACAGAACUUGUGGCCUUACUUUUCUGGCAUUGCCAGUUCACUGUUAGAAUGGAGCACUGUAACAAAGCAAGACUCACGGUCAAAACUCUACAAUUCUGCAGUAAUUUUUCCAGACUAGUUUCAUGGCCACAACCUUGGGGCUUGUCUGAAAAUCUGCAAGAGACACAGGGAAGACUAUUAUUUCAAUCCAUGAUCCCAUAGUAAGGAAGAAGCCCUGAUAUUAUUCAUCUAAGACUACUUGGCUUAUUAGUGGUAGAUACAGGCCAGAAUUCAAGCUGUUCACUCUACCCAACGAGUGUUUACCAAGUUGUCCAAUGAACGCAGCUUCUCAGCAUGCUAAAAGGUCUUAGGAGGAAAACACAACUUAGUAGGUCAAAGAAGUCUGGGAAAUGCUAAAUUAGCCAACAACUACAUUUUUCUAUUCAGAAUUUCUGAGCCUUUAACAUAAAAAGAAAUAUUAUAAAUACCUCUGAAGGUGGGGAAGGUUA